UUUCCCAAACGAGUAAAUGGUUUAGUGCAUAAUAAAAACAAAGGAUCGCAUAAAAUAUCAAGAUGACCAACCAAGAGAGAAACAUGCUGCGGAAAAUGGAGUUUCCCGAUUCGGCUCGAGACGCUCUACCUAUAAUAGAGAAUCUCAUCAUCAAUCGGAACAAGCACGAUAUGGCCAUAGAUUUGAUAGGGGAAUUUGUUUUUCGUGAGCGCCGCGACGAGCCACGAGGAGGUCAAUUUUCGAAGCAGACCGUCCAACCCCGGCUAUCAUCGAUCGAGGAGUUCCAGCUGGUGCUGGUGUUGUGUGAUUUUUUCUCGCGCCCAGGGCCAGACGCUACGCGUAAUGCCGUGUUUCUGUCGUUAUUUGGGGGCUCAAAUGUUCGAACGAGCGUACUAAAUAAACUGAUUAGCACUGCGGUGUCAGGCUCAAUUGCGCCCCUGUUAUGUGCCGCCGGCACAUGGAUGCAACAGUUGGGUUGUACAUCGCCUGCUAGCCUUGAGUUGGCGCAGUGCAUCGUUCGAGAUUUUGUCAUCUUCUCGAAGAAUUCCUCUGAACAGCUGAAAUCACUGCCGUUGGUAGCGCCCCGCUUUGCAGCUAACCUAAUGACCGCCGUAACCGAUCUGUACCUGAAUGGAGCGGGAAUUAUGCAGCUCAAUCCUCCACCAGAUCUACUACUUGAUGUUAUCACCGACUGGGUUUCUGAGAAUCCUUCCCUCUGUCUUGCCUCUCAGCAGCAGCUGGCACUACCCAGCGGAGCGAUCGCAAUGCCGGUGACAACGCCCCUGGUUGGUCUCAUUCGAUGGUGUGUUCUAUCACUGUUGGUCACAAACAAGCAAGAAUUGUAUAGCAAAUUGCAUCUGGCUGUGCUGCAAAGUCUGCUGGAAGCUACGCCUCCCGUAACGACGCCACCAACGCUGCAACCCAUAAACGCACAACAUCUAACGCUAAUAGUGAACACUAUUCAAGGGGAAAUGGAUAGUUUAACAAUGCAGGGGAAAUCCCUUGAAGAAGAAAAUCUCCAGAAUUGUUUGGAACGGUUCGCUCAAGCAUUUCAGGUUGGGCUUACGUCUCGUUGCAUCUUUGGAAACAUUAGUCAACUAAUGUUCCGUUUGGAAUCAUUGCCUGGUAAGAAUAAACUGCUACAAAUCGUCAUAAAUGCUAAUAAAACAAGCUAA